CUGACAGACAGUAACAUGGCCCCGGAGGCAGGCGGAGGCUCGCCUCGAUGCGCGCGUGACAAACAUCCCCGGGCUGCGUCGGAGCGCGGCGGCCGCGUGCAGGCGCGUGUCUCCCCCUCGCGCCGGGACUCGCAGCGCCAGUGGUGGUGCAGGCUCGCAGUGACACGGAGCGCCGUCUGCGUCGCCUCGGUGACUCUCGCUCUGCUGCUUAGUGGGGUGCACUGGGACGCAGGCAGCAACAUCAGCAGCAGCAGCGGAAACAGAAGCGGACCUGCUUCUUCUCCUCAUUUGGCCACGCGCUUGGCGUCGGCGCUGCGCUCCGUCCUUCCGCCGGCUCUCACUCUCGUAUGUGCCUUUGUCUGUGGCGGGCUGUGUCUGACUCGCAGCGGGCUCCGCGGCGCCCUGCUCCUGCUGCUGGCGGCGUGUCACUUGGGCGAAGCCGCGGUGCGGUGGUGGCUGCUGCUGCUGCUGCUGCUGCUCUCCUUCCCCGCCAGCCUGCUCGUCGUCGGCGGCGGGGCGGUGCUGGUCGCGCGGCUGGCUCCGGGAGCGCCCGUCCUCUCCUCCGCCAGUCUCAGUAGGACGGUGUCCCUCGUCUCUCCGAGCAGGCUGCGGGCCAGCUGGAGACCCUACCUGGCCUACCUGCUGGGGCUGACCGGGGUUCUGCUUGCGCGGUAUGCUGACCGGCUCCUGCCGGCCCCAGGGACCAGCGGGACGGGGUGCUGUGGCUCUGUGACCGGGGCGAAGGAGGAGGACAUCCCUGUCUUCAGAAGGAGACGGAGGUCCAGCUCCAUAGCGGCCUCGGAGAUGAUUGCUCACGCUCAGAGCAACAGCAAGUCCCACCGCAGGACUUCGCUGCCCUGCAUUCCUCGGGACCAGAUUAUGUGUCAAAACGAAUGGGACUACAAAAGAGUGCUGAGCAGAUCACAGUCGUCAGGUACCAGCGUGGUGGUGGACAUCGCUGUGAUGGGCGAAGCACAUGGUCUGAUUUCGGACCUGUUGGCUGACCCCUCGUUGCCCCCAAAGACCAGCAGCUCUCUGAAGGCAGUCAGCAGUCUCCUCAGCACCCAGAUCAGUCUGCAACCUUUACACCGGCCCCGAUUCCUGGCAGACCCGCACGCCUGCUCUGACUCGGAAGACGUGUCAGAGAAGCCAGACAGACUGGCCAUUCCAAAGCGACUGAGGCGGAGCCUUCCUCCGGGACUGCUGAGGAGAAUCUCAUCAACCUGGACCACCACCACCUCCGCCACAGGGUUGCCCACCAUCGAGCCGGGCCCCCUCCACAGAGACCGCUCAGCCAGCAUCAAACACACCGAGAGUGAAUGGAACAACUCCAUCAUGCUGACCAUCUCAAAGAGCCGAUCAAUGUCUGCCUCCUGCGCUGCCUCCAUCACCAACCACCUCCAUGGCAAACCACUCAUCAGACCAGGCUUCCCUCCAUCCAGCGUAUCACCUCGCGGCUCGUCUUCGCCAUCAACACCAAUCCAGGGAACCCCAGUCGCCAGCCCCACCAUCAAGACCAGUUCAGUGCAGCUUCCAGAGUCGGUCGCCCCAGCGACCCAUCGGGCCUCUGGAUCUGCGGCCCCCAAGUUACACCACAGGGCCUUGACGCAUAGUCAGAGUGCCCCGAGCUCCACGACCCCACACUGGCGACCUCCUUCGCUUUGCAGCAGUUGCGGGAGGCCAUACAACAGCCGACUCAGUCACCAGGUUGAAUCUGCUGCCAAAGGAGAGCGAACUCCUCACCCAGACGAGCGGGCGGUAGCGUCCUCAGACUACGACAGCACCUACGACAGCACCUACGAGACCAACCACAGUGACAGCAGCGACUUUGCACAGAACGAGGAGGAGGCAGACGGAGGCAAGAAGCCGACUGAGACCAGGGAAGGUUGCAGCGACUUUCCUUCAGAGGGAGUCCUUCUGCACCCGCUCCUGCUAUCACCCGAGGACAAGCCGCCCACCCUCGCCCCUGAGCCGCCGGUGAUACCAGGCCUCGAGCCUCUGAUGAACCAGCUCACCAACUGGAACUUUCCCAUUUUCAGUCUGGUGGAGAAGACGCGUGGCAAGACCGGCUGCAUCCUCAGCCAGGUUUCUUACAAGUUAUUUGAAGACACUGGCUUAUUUGGAACCUUCAAGAUUCCCAUACAGGAGUUUAUGAACUACUUUCACGCCUUGGAGAACGGAUACAGAGAUAUCCCGUACCACAACAGGAUCCACGCCACUGACGUGCUGCAUGCCGUUUGGUACCUGACCACCCAGCCUGUUCCAGGUCUGCCGCGGUUGCUGACCGACAACGGUUUACACACUGACUCAAACGGCAUCACGCCGGGUGCGACUGGCUUCCUCACGUCCAAGAUGACCCCCGUCCUGGAGGAAGGUUUCAGCACCUUGUCUGCUCUGAUCCCUGGUCUGGAGCUUAUGGCCUUGUAUGUAGCAGCUGCUAUGCAUGAUUACGACCACCCCGGCAGGACCAACGCCUUCUUAGUAGCAACCAGCGCACCGCAGGCCCUUCUCUACAAUGACCGCUCUGUCUUGGAGAACCAUCAUGCAGCUUCAGCGUGGAAUCUCUUCAUGUCACGUCCAGAGUUCAACUUCCUGGUAAACCUUGAACACGUGGAGUUUAAACGGUUCCGCUUCCUCGUCAUCGAGGCCAUCUUGGCCACCGACCUCAAGAAGCAUUUCGACUUCCUGGCAGAGUUUAACGCCAAGGUGGGCGAUGACGGAGUGAACGGAAUCGACUGGAGCAACGAGAACGAUCGGUUGCUGGUGUGCCAGAUGUGCAUCAAGCUAGCGGAUGUUAACGGACCGCUGAAAUGCAAGGAGCUACACUUGCAGUGGACGGAGGGGAUCGUCAACGAGUUCUAUGAGCAGGGUGACGAGGAGGCGAGUCUGGGUCUUCCCAUCAGCCCAUUCAUGGAUCGAUCGGCUCCACAACUGGCCAAACUGCAGGAGUCCUUCAUCACGCACAUCGUGGGCCCCCUGUGCUCCUCCUACGACUCGGCCGCCCUCAUGCCGGGCGUCUGGGUGGACAACCCUGCAGCCUUGGCUGAGCCCGACCAGAUGAAAGAAGAAGAAGAAGACAUGCCCGAAGAAGACGCAUCGACAGGCUCCGACUCUUCACAGAGGCAACAAACCAGGAGGAAAGUUCUGUGCCAGAUCACGCAGCAUCUUCUGGAAAACCAUGAGAUGUGGAAGCGGGUCAUCGCUGCUGAAGUCCCGGAGGAAGCCCAGACAGAAGAACUCAACUGCCUGAGCAGCACCAGCGAGCCAAUCACAGCCAUUCACGAGGAGGAGGAGGAGACCACGAGCAGAGAGGAAGAGUUGCCGGAGGAGGUGCAAGAGAGCGAGGAGGAGAAGAUGCUGCUGCAGUCCGAAGCUUGAAGGUGGACGACACGGAAGCCUGAAUUCUUUACCUCUUCUCAAACCAGGAAUCGGAACUUUGUCUAAAAAUGUUGCUUUCUCAAGUGAACUCUUGACAUGGUAGCCAGCACAUCACUUUGACACAACACUGUAGAGAAGUCUUGGGUGUUAUGUGCCUAACAAAAACAGGGUUGGUGCGUGUAUAUGCAUCUAUUUAUCGGGGGGUCGGGGAAGGUGGGGCGAGUACAUGAAGUGACUUGAGAGUUGAACAAAGUGGAAGGAGAAAAAGCAUCAUUUUACUUGUUUCCUCACCCGACGUUUUGCAACCAUGUGACCACAGGUCAUUUCCAAUUCACCUCAGUACAUCGCGGUGGGAUGAGAAUGUGUGUGAACCCCUUGACAAUGGGAUGAAUGCCAGGAAGUAAGAUGUGAGGUUGGUCUGCGUGGAGAUGAAAACGGUAUCGACUCACGGUAGUCAGCGGAGGCUUCGUUCUAUACUCGGAAGUCCCACAAAGAACCCUGCUGCUCGGGAAAGCUUUAUUCUAGCGUUGUGCUUUCUAGUUUUGUGCUUGUCGCAAACAUCGAUUGUCUCCAGUUGCAUGUUUUCUCCCCUCAAAGUCACGGGCGCACGCCCACGCAAGGGUUCACAAAGCAAGCCACUUCGCCGGCAGCCAGUCCGCCUCAACAGGGCGCCAACGUAACCACCGCCUUUUAGUUGAUGUCUGAAAAAGCUAUCAUCUCAAGAAAAUCGGGACCCGUUGACACCACGUUUCAAUAUCAAUAAGGAGAAUGGUCACACGUUUCGACAUGAAGGUGUCACCCUUGCUGGUCCCUUCACUCCUCCACCAAGGAUUGUCCAUCUGUUACCCACAUAUGGACUUGAUGAUGGUGGGAAGAUGAUUGUGGUGGUGUUCUGGAGACAGUUACUUACAGGCCCAGUUCAGGACUCACUCAAGACCCUGUCAUGCAAUAUCAACAGUGGAAAUGUGAGCCGAAGUCUCCUGCUCGCUCAGGUGUUUUCUGUAGUGUAGUGGACACCACCAAACCUGAGGCCAAGUCCAGACUGGGACCAGAGACCAGGUGCAAGGCCAAGUCUUCUGGGGCCCAAAACCAAGCAGAGUACAGAAUACAGUGGUCACUGAAGUGCUGACAUUGGAACAAGCUCCUAGUUUGUUCUGUGUCCACCUUGGUCUCGGUCUUGCUCUCACCCCCCUCAUUGGUCUUUGGUGAUCUUUGACUAUCUUAACGGUUUUUCUACAACAUGCAACAACAUGACGUAAUUUAUUCUUUGUCAUAGUGAUGGGGAGUAAGAAGAGUUGUCACUGCUGAAUCAAUAUUUCAUUUCAUUGGAUCAUUCUGAAGCCUAAACCUAAAGAACCUUUGAAGACCCAUUCAGCUGUGGUAGCUUUCAGCCCUCAGAUCCCGAGUUGACUGGUCACAGAUGCUAUUUCACGUCAUAGAAAAGAAGCUGAGCGAUUGAGGUGUGAUGGAAAAAGUCUUGUUUCCUUCCCCACUUGAUGUACUCCAUGUGGCUACAGUUGAGCUGUUGCGGCAGCAUGAGAUAUAAGCUGUGAACUUGGAAAGUACAGUGGCUGCUGGUGGUGGAGAGUAGAGCCGGGAAGACGGCCAGAUUCUGGUUUAGUUUCACGGAUCUCAAGUCAUUCAAAUCUAACACUGAAACACAAUAGAGCUGGCUUUUUCUUUUGUGUUCAUCAACUUAUGCAAAUGUUCCGCCUGUCUUGGUCAUUCCCUUCAUUUGAGCAGUCCUCACGAAACCUUGCUGGAUUCAAGAUGUCUAGGGCCUUGUCUGAUGGUCACAGCAUGUCCUCUGUCUUAUCGGUCGGCGUGAGAAGAUUAAACACCAGAGAUAAAAACCCUCCAGCCCUCAGUCAAACCUUAAUUUUAUGGACAGACAACACAACUGGGGGAGAAAACGUGCAAUUAGAAGGCAAACAAAAGACCGUCUGUUUCGCCUCAUUGGAGAACAACAGAGCAGAUAUUAUUGUGUGUGAAAUCUUUUCAUGUUCCCAUCCCACAAGGCUUUAUGGAGAGAAAGGAAGGGGUGAAGAAGUUGGAUUACCAUUUUCCAGUCGUGAUUCAGGUAUGUUUCCGCUGCCGACAUUCACGUUGAGGACAUUUACAGUGUAGCUAUAGCUGUGUGUGGGAGGACCUUUCUAUUGUGUGUUCUGUUUGCAUGGUCGACUCCCACAGUCCAAAACAUUUCAACAGGGUUGGCCCUCCACCCCCGGCUAGCCAGGCCGGCGCAAAGCCACUUCCGUGUAACCAGCAUCACCCUUUCUUACCGAGUCCCUGCACCUGAAUUUACACUUCUGUCUGGUGUUAUUUUACAUGUAGAAACACAACAAUGAGCUUUGUUUCUCACAUGGUGCUGCAUGAGUGAACAACCCUGUUGAUACUGUCCACAUGAGAGACACGUCUCAUGCUCAUGUGACCUUGACAUUUCAUUUGAAAAACCUUAUACUUUAGCAUUUAUUUUAACAAGCUACAUGGGUUGAGGUUACCAUAGAAAUCAAAGGUCUUUGUUUGACCUCCUAAAGCAGUCGGAAACGUGGCUCCUACAUUGACGUCAAAGAAGAGUUAAAAAUGAAUGAAAUACUGUACUUAACUAAUGGAUCAGUCGCCCACUGCUGAGGCUCCGGCACAAUGAAGCAUUCAACAAAUUCAGCUUCAAAACAGCACUUAACACUAUGCAAGUGCAAGUGUUCCUCCACUCGCCCACAUCACGAGACUAGUUGUUAAGGUAGUCGCCACUAGUUGACUGUCAAUAGGGUUGUAGUAAAACACAUAGAGGUCAUGACAGUGUACAUAUAUUCUUCUCUCUUCUGACCAUUUACAACAACAUAAAAACACCAGUCUGUGUGGUGGUCAACCUGUGCGCGGCGUACGUCGACGGGUUCACUAAUCCUUCAGGAAGUCGGUGAGCAGGCGACUAUAGUGGUUAGUUGUGGCCCCACUUUGCCCGAGCAGGUACCCAGCUCACACCAGAGAGGCCGAGUUACUCUCCUGGCUUCAUCACCCCUGAAAAAUAUCCCCCCUGGAUUUAAUCCUGUAUUGUAUUUGGGAUUAAGAGGUGGUUGGUUUUGUUAUAGUGACAUCUGAUGAGGCUUCAUGAAACAGUGUCACCCAGCAGUUGGCACGUUCAGUUCAAAAAUGACAUUAGGUUUCAGUGAUAUAGUUUCUCACAAAGAAAGAGCGGCAUCUACUGGGCUGUGGAAAUGAGGACCCUGUUUCAUGAAGCCUCACCAGCCCGUCACCACCUGGCUACACCCUGCAGCUAGUUAUAGAAUGGGUUUUCAUGCUACCGCUUUGUUUUUUUAGCCCCAAGUGUUUUUAUCCCGAUAUUCAAUUCUACCUUUCCCCCUGUGAUUCCUGGUUUUAUCAGACGUCCACUCAUCACUCGGGUACCUUCCUUGGCUGUACGAUGAUGCCACAGUGGUGCGGGGUCUUCAACUGGACAGUCAGGGGUGAAGGGAAACGUGCAAACCAAAGAAACUUCGUCUAUCUACGUGUGAUUUGCACCAAAUGAGCCCUUUCCAGAAGCUAAAUAUGCAGCGUUUGUUUCCGUCUCAAUGCUAGCUAGCGCCGUUUCAGGCAGGUCAGCUGGUUGCGCAGUAGCCGCACAAUGGGGCUGAGCAGGUGUUUGGUUCUCAGCCUGGAGUCCUGGCUGUUUCUUUUGAAGUUUCGCAGCAAAACAUUCCUCCGAGUGUCACGUAUUGUUUCAGCUGCUGUUGGAGGGGAGGGGCAGCGCUUCUGUGCCAUAACAUUCUCUCAUGUAUGUAAGUAUGUAUGUAUGUAUGUAAACAUCAGCUCCAUGCUACUUUCAUCAUUGUUUCUUUUCACGCAGAGGAAACCAAAAGGAGCUUGACAUUGUUGAUCUCAAAAGCAAGACAAACAAAGCCGGGAGGUUCCGCGCCCACAGCAGGCGCUUCACCGCACUCGACUCCAGUUUUCUCUUUUGCACUUAACACAUGUAGCAAUACCUGCAGGAUUGGGAAGUGAUUCACCAGUAUUUGUGGAUAUUUUAUUUCUUGUGUGAAUUUGUAUAAAAAGUAUACAAUUAUAUAUAGAUAUAUAUAUAAACUGUACAAAUUCAAAAAGUAUAUUGUAUCCAAAAACUUUUAGAAAAUAUUUAUUUUUACUGUUUUGUAAUUUAGACACGAUACUGUAGCUUCUCUCUUGCCAGAACUGCUGGAAGUGCCUCUCGAAAAUGUGUGACAGACGAUACACUAUGUUGGAGUCAGUAGAAGCUGUCACUAGGGAGCGUUGUUGAUGUUGUCAUGUGAAUAUUGUCCAAUCAUAAGACUUAUCAAAGCU